CGGACGUGCAGCAGUAGGAGGGCCGGGGGUGACAAAAACUACUAUGAUGGCGGUAGGAGAGGCUGCCGGGAGGGGGUACGGCGGCCCAAGAGGCCACACUGCGCUCGCGUCGGGGCGGCGGAGCACACGCGGAAUCGGCGGAGCGAGUGCUGAGUCGGUGCCGCCGCCGGCUCCCCCCUCACCCGGGAGACGCUUCGGGGCCGCGGAGCCUUGUGGGGCCGCCACGAAAUGGAGGCGAACGGGAGCGGCAGCGGGAGCAGUAGCGACUCGGCUCCCGACUGCUGGGACCAGGCGGACAUCGAGCCGGGCAGCGGCGCCGGCCCGGGCUGCGCCCCGCCGGCCGCGGAGGCCGAGGCGCAGCAGGAGCUGCUCGGGGCGGCCUUCAGCCGGCAGCUGAACGUCAACGCCAAGCCCUUCGUGCCCAACGUCCACGCCGCCGAGUUCGUACCGUCCUUCCUGCGGGGCGGCCCGGCGCCCGGCCUGCCACCGCCCUCGCCCCCGCCCGGCCUCCCGCCGCCACCGCUGCUCGGUGCACCUGUAGAGCCUUCCCCAGAGGAGCAGACUGCCUCUUGUGAAGGUUCAAAUGCUGCUGUUAACAUGGAAAUUUCAGAAUCUGUUGUGGAAAAUGGAGAGACAGAAAUGUCCCCAGAAGAGUCAUGGGACCACAAAGAAGAACCCAGUGAAGCAGAGCUAGGAGGUGGUCCUGCAGGGGAUGCAGGGCCUUCUGAAGAGAGUGCUCAGGAAAUGAUGGAAGAGGAGGAGGAAAUACCAAAACCCAAGUCUGUUGUAGCACCUCCAGGUGCUCCUAAAAAAGAGCACGUAAAUGUAGUAUUCAUUGGACAUGUAGACGCUGGCAAGUCAACUAUUGGAGGACAAAUAAUGUAUUUGACAGGAAUGGUUGACAAAAGAACACUUGAAAAAUAUGAAAGAGAAGCUAAAGAAAAAAACAGAGAAACAUGGUACCUUUCGUGGGCCUUAGACACAAACCAAGAAGAACGAGACAAAGGUAAAACAGUAGAAGUGGGUCGUGCCUAUUUUGAAACGGAGAAGAAACACUUCACUAUUUUAGAUGCUCCUGGACACAAGAGCUUUGUUCCAAAUAUGAUUGGUGGGGCUUCUCAAGCUGAUCUGGCUGUGCUGGUUAUUUCUGCAAGAAAAGGAGAGUUUGAAACUGGAUUUGAAAAAGGUGGACAAACAAGAGAACAUGCCAUGUUAGCAAAAACAGCAGGUGUAAAGCAUUUAAUAGUUCUUAUUAAUAAAAUGGAUGAUCCAACUGUAAACUGGAGUAAUGAAAGAUAUGAGGAAUGUAAAGAGAAACUGGUGCCAUUUUUGAAGAAAGUUGGCUUCAAUCCCAAAAAGGACAUUCAUUUCAUGCCCUGCUCAGGACUGACUGGAGCAAACCUUAAAGAACAGUCAGAAUUCUGUCCUUGGUAUAUUGGAUUACCAUUUAUUCCAUACCUGGAUAAUUUGCCAAACUUCAACCGUUCAGUCGAUGGACCAAUCAGGCUGCCAAUUGUGGAUAAAUAUAAGGACAUGGGCACUGUGGUCCUUGGGAAGCUGGAGUCAGGCUCUAUUUGCAAAGGACAACAGCUUGUGAUGAUGCCAAACAAGCACAAUGUGGAAGUUCUUGGAAUCCUUUCUGAUGAUGUAGAAACUGACUCAGUAGCCCCAGGUGAAAAUCUAAAGAUCAGACUGAAGGGAAUUGAAGAGGAAGAGAUCCUUCCAGGAUUUAUUCUCUGUGAUCUCAACAACCUUUGUCAUUCUGGACGUACAUUUGAUGCCCAGAUAGUGAUAAUUGAGCACAAAUCCAUUAUCUGCCCAGGUUAUAAUGCAGUGCUGCACAUCCACACCUGUAUUGAAGAAGUUGAGAUAACAGCCUUAAUCUGCUUGGUAGACAAAAAAACAGGAGAAAAAAGUAAGACACGGCCCCGUUUUGUGAAACAAGAUCAAGUCUGCAUUGCCCGUUUAAGGACAGCAGGAACGAUCUGCCUUGAGACAUUCAAAGAUUUCCCUCAGAUGGGUCGCUUCACCUUAAGGGAUGAGGGUAAGACCAUUGCAAUUGGAAAAGUUCUGAAACUGGUUCCAGAGAAGGACUAAGCAUUUUUCUCAAUGACCCCGCACAAUACUGUGAGGAAAAUCGACUCAGCAAAAGCCUACUUCACACCGCCGUCUUAUUUUCUGCCCAUUGAUAAACUUCUCCCCAUAUUUUGCAAAGACAAAUUUCACAGCAAAGGUCCACAUUAUGUCAGCUUUCUCAUAUUGAGAGCUCUGCUAUGCCACUGUUGAAUUUUCCCAAAAAGAAUUUUUUUUUUCUCCCAAAUUCUGCUUCCUUGGAAAGAUUCGGCAAUAGCUUUGUAAGUGAUGUGGACAUAAUUGCCUACAAUUAUGAAAAUCUAAAGGAUUUUUAAUGUUUAAUUUCCCCCAGCAUCUAUAGUAAGACCUCUUUUUUCCAGGCAGAUCAUUCAGAGUGUGCGAGUGUGUGUGCACAUGUUACAAAGAUGACUACCAUGUUAAUAAACUAUUCAAUUUGAAAUCUUUUUCGGUAUUGGAAUUGCUUUUGAAUAAUGUUUUUUAUCCGGAUGUAACGCAGUUGCAUUAGCUUUUUAACUUCCCAGUAACCCGGAUAUUUGGUUACUUGGACUUUUCUAAACUCCUCAGCCUCCCCACACACACAGUUUUAAAUGAGGCAAUUGGGCACUCAACCAAGUUUGUAUUAAAAUAAUUAGGUUUGCCCCUUCCCUUUCUUGAAUACAUUCUGAAAAUUAAAAAACAUUCAUGCAAAUGUGGCACCUUCAUUAGCUUUACAUUUGUUAAUAUCUCCAGCAAAUUUAGGUUGACCUAACAUCAUUACUAGACACAGGAAGUCAAUUUUGGAAGCUAGAACUACAUAUUGUGUCUUUAUAAAAGUUCAGCAUUAUUAAAUUCUUAACUGCAGAAAAUGCUAACAACCAGUAAAUCAGUGAAACUUGCAAAAAUAAGAGAAUCUGUGGCAAUAGUGCCUAUUAGUAUUUAUAAGAGCUACAUUUUGUGGGAGAACUGGGCCAAUUAAAAAGUGCCAGUUACAUAAAUUACUCAGUUCACCCUGUCUUUAAUUUAGAGGACUGGAUAAUCCUUUGCUGUUUUAAAGAUCAGUCUGAACUGAGAGGGAGAAAGACUAUUUAAAUCCCUAAGAGUUUGCACAUACUGAAAUAGGGGAGGGUCAGAAUCAAGCACAGUCUGUAAAUUUUUGCAUAUCAAAAAGCAGUGUAAGCUUAUGAGGACCAGUGAAGUUUUUCUUGAGAAACUAAAGCAAAACUGGUUCAAAGUAAAGCUUACUCAGUACAACUUGAAGGAGCUGCAUAAUAAAACCCUAUUUAGCUGCACUUUGAAAAUGGACUGUCUGCAAUUGCUGUCCUGAUUCUAACAAUUAGGAUGAAGGCUAAGGGAUUUUUUUCAUUUUCCAGAGUAUUAGUAGUAAUUAUUAAAAGGUAUCUUCUGAGCUUCUUCAGAAUAUCUUAAACUAAACAUUCUCAGCUGUAUAAUUGGUGAGCCCAUCUUCUCCCCCAAAAGUUUACAGUCUAGUGACUGUAUCUGAAUUGAAACUCAAAACUGAAACAGAUUUACCUUUUUUGGGAUUUUUUUGGUUUGUUUUGUUUGUUUCUUUGUAACUGUGGAACUCCCAUUCAUUUCACUUACAGCUACAUUGUAUGGACAGAAGAAGUUAUUGUCCUUCAGUUUCAUAUGACUACACUUGUAGCUACCGUAAUGCAUGGAAUUUAAAUAAAUUUUAUUAUGUCUGCAAA